CAGCACAACAAGGGCGACGAACCAGGCGCCUGUGAGGGAUCCUGCAGCGGGUAAACACAGCACUUCAUCAUCCUGCUCAUCUGAUCUUUUUAUGAUCAGAGUUUUCUUCACAGAUGUACCGACUCAUCUGUGGCCGAGCACGUUAAGGUCUGUGAUGGAGUUCGUGACAACAUGACAGAGUUUUGGAAGGAGCACUCCAAGGCCGCCACAAUGGAGGAGAUGAUGCUGGACUCACGUGCCAGGGAGCUGACUGAGCAUGAGCUGCCGGAGAUCCUCUCCAUGCUGCCCAGCCUGGCUGGAUACAGAGUGCUGGAGCUGGGAGCCGGCAUCGGUCGUUACACCAGCCACCUGUUGACCAGUGCCACCCAUGUGACAGCUGUGGACUUCAUGGAAAGCUUUGUUGAGAGGAACAGGCAGGAGAAUGGUCACCACAGCAACGCCACCUUUAUCCAAGCUGACGUCACAAAGCUGGAAGUCCCCAAAAACAGCACUGACUUGAUCUUCUCCAACUGGCUGCUGAUGUAUCUGAGUGACAAGGAGCUGAACUCGUUAAUUGAGAAAAUGCUGAGCUGGUUGCGGCCUGGCGGCUUUCUUUUCUUCAGAGAGUCUUGUAACCACCGUUCAGGUGACUCUAAGAGGGACUUCAACCCCACCUGCUACCGCACUGAGGCACAAUACAACCAUAUGAUAUCAACAGUAAUUGAGGAUACAGAGGGGGGCCAAAAGUUUGGUUUCGACGUUGUGCUGAAAAGGAAAGUUCAGACCUACAUUGAGAUGAAAAAUAAUCCUAAUCAGAUCUGCUGGCUGCUGGAGAAGGUACCUCGCUCUUCAGACACCCAGAAAGGAUUCAACACCUUCCAGCAGUUUCUGGACAACAAACAGUACACCAACCGUGGCAUUCUGCGCUACGAGAAGAUGUUCGGGGCUGGUUAUGUCAGCACAGGCGGGCCCAGCACCACCAAGGAGUUUGUGGACCUUCUGAACCUGAAACCUGGCCAGAAGGUUUUGGAUGUUGGCUGUGGCAUUGGUGGAGGAGACUUCUACAUGGCAAAGUCUUUUGGAGUGGAAGUGCUCGGCUUGGACCUGUCAGAAAACAUGGUGGACAUUGCCAUGGAGAGGGCAAUCUCUGAGAAGCUACCAUCAGUCCAGUUUGAGGUGGCAGAUGCUACAAAGAGGGCAUUCCCAGAAGGUACCUUUGAUGUAAUCUACAGCAGAGACACAAUCCUGCACAUAGAUGACAAACUCGCCCUCUUCAAACGCUUCCAUUCAUGGUUAAAGCCAGGAGGCCAGCUUCUUAUUAGUGACUACUGCUGUGGGGAGAAGCCCUGGACACCACAAUUCGAGGCCUACGUCCAACAGAGAGGCUACAUCCUCUACACACCAGCACAGUAUGGCAAGUUUAUUGAAGAAGCUGGUUUCUGCAAUGUUCUGGCAGACGACCGGACAGCUCAGUUCAUCCAGGUGAUAAAGACAGAGUUGCAGAGGGCAGAAGCCAUCAAGGAUGAAUUCAUUGAGGAAUUCUCUGAAGAGGACUAUUUUGCAAUAGUUAACGGAUGGAGAGAAAAACUGGGACGUUCCAACAGUGGAGACCAAAGAUGGGGAUUAUUUCAUGCAACAAGGGUUUGAGUGAAUGUACUAAAAAUGUAUUGAAGUGAAUAAAAGAAAAAAAAACUGGAA